AUGCCAAGGUCAGUUCCAGAUAUGUCGGAGCUCCUUGUCAAAGGAGUGAAACAUGUAUAUGGUCGAAAAAUGAGGAAAACGAGGCCCACUUUGCCGAAUGUAGAGUCGCCGCUAGUAACGCAUUUCCACCGCUGGGCGGGGAAACGCAUAAGACUGUCAUUCUUGGCGGCGGAGCUUGGUACGAGAGAGGGGCAACACAUUUUGCCAGACUGGAACUUGCGGGGAAAUUUAUUUGCGGGGCUCCUUGCUGCGCCAAUGCGUUGGGACAGGCUGGGAAAUCUGCGCGUCCCGAAGAGCUUCCUAAUGCAGACGAAAGCGAGGGCGCUGGAGGCACCGUCAGACGGCAAGUUAGUGAAGAUCAUCAGCGUUGUAGAGGAACGCGGGCCAGGGUCGAGCUCGUACGUGCCGCAGUCGAAGGCCGCGUUGCAGCGUGCGAAACAGGCGAUGUUCGUGCCCGUUGCGCUGCAGCAGUCCGACAUGCGCUACUUCAGCAGCGAGGAGAUUGCAGUCGACAAGGAUACACUGCUGGCGGAGUACUCUGCGCAAUUGAUCAGCAAGGUAAAAGAGGGGCUGGAAGUGCUCCUGUCUAUGAGUGGGACGUCUCAUGAGCGCGUGGAGCUGGAGGACUGGGAUGUGGUGGUUACAUACGACCCCGAUAAUGCAAACGAUAUAGAACUACGCAAAUGCAAGGGCAUACCAGGGGAUCCAGUUGUGAUUAUACUCAACAUGGGUUGUCUGAAAUGCACUGAGCUGGAGGAGCUGGUCAAUCUGCGGCUGAGGAACCACGAGUACGGACUGGUGCUUAAAGUGCUGAAGAAUGAGCGCUUGCUAAAGUUUAUGUACAGAUUAAUAACCUUUUCCAGGUAG